AUGGUGAAAGAAGUUGGAAGAAGAAUAAGAAAGAAGAAAGAAGGAAAAACGAAAAAUGAAAGAGGAAAAGAAGGAGUAGAGGAAGGAGAAGGACCUGAAGGGAAAGAAGGAAGCGAAGGAAACGACGGACGAGAAGGAAAAGAAAGGAGAGAUUGA